UCGAAAGCGGUCGUUCAUAACGCCCUUUUUCACCCUCGCGGCCCGCCAAUCAGGCUUCUCCAUUGCUUUUGACCCUUCCAGAUCACCCUCUGGGGCUUAGUCAUUCACUCCCAAGGGGCAAAGCAGCGAGAUCACGCUCUCGCUUGCCGCCCGCACCGCGAAAUCUAUAUAAACCGGUGGCUCCUCCUUCUCCGCCACCUUCUUUCGCUCUCUCUCGACUCUUUUCUUCCUCUCAGCGACCGGCCCGCAACGCGUCACGCCAAACCAUCCAUCACCCACCACCUUCCAUCAAUUUUCCAUCUCAUACUUCUUCCAAUCAAUUAAUCUCAUCUCAGCAUUAUGACUGGACGCGGAAAAGGAGGCAAGGGUCUCGGCAAGGGUGGCGCCAAGCGUCACCGUAAGAUCUUGCGUGACAACAUCCAGGGUAUCACUAAGCCCGCUAUCCGCCGUCUUGCUCGCCGUGGUGGUGUCAAGCGUAUCUCCGCCAUGAUCUACGAAGAGACCCGUGGUGUCCUCAAGUCCUUCCUCGAGUCUGUCAUCCGUGAUGCCGUCACCUACACUGAGCACGCCAAGCGCAAGACCGUCACCUCCCUCGACGUUGUCUACGCCCUCAAGCGCCAGGGCCGCACCCUGUACGGUUUCGGUGGUUAGAUUAUCUUCAACCAAUCGGAAGGGAUUACUGCUCUGGUGUUUGUCGUCUCUCUGGUUGUGAACCUUCGACUGGAUUGUGGACUAGACCGGCAGGAUCCGCCGUACAUUCUGUUUCUGAUUUCUGGGGGCUAUUUCUUUUGACUCGUUACGGUAUUGGGGUUUGGGAUAACUGGGGUUCUUUUUUCUACAAUUGGAAUGGAUUAUGUCCACGGGUUUGAUACUCUUACAACUUGCUUAUUUUUUGUUAAUGGGAUCGGAUGGAUGGAUGGAUUCGAAAUCAUUGUAUCUAGACGGCCCUUCGAGGCUUGAUGGACGAAA